AUGCGGAUUGCGGAGAGGAAAGCAUCGAGACGGCUGGAACUGGUCAGUUGUCCCACGGCAAGAACGCGGCUCUUAACAGACCUUCCGGAAGAGACGAUAAUAGAAAUCUUGCUGAGGUUUCCGGAAAGGACGCUUACUUCCUUAAGGAGCGUGUGCACUGCAUGGAGAAACCUAAUCUCCGCCGCGGACUUCGCCUUGAACCACAUUCGUCGUUCAUGCUUACUUGCUCCAAGUUUGACUACGCCACGAAUUGCUUAUUGCACUUGGGCCUUCAGAAAUGGCGUCAGAUGCAGCAGUAUCGGACUUCUCUCCGUACGCUCAAUCUUGGACAAUCCUUCCGAGCCUACUCAAGUCGAUUGCUUCAGGGAACAACGCUACUACGCAAUCAUUGGUUCUUGCAACGGAUUGUUAUGCUUGUUUGAUGAACAUGUCUACUAUUACAUGCAUGCCAUCUUGUGGAACCCUUGUACCGGAUUCACAUUCGAAUCUCCGGAAAUCAGCGGCAAAGUCCGCUUUUGUGGCUUCGGUUACGAUCAUCUCAGUGACAGUUACAAAAUUUUUGCUGCUACAAAGAAGCAGGGGACAUCUGGUUUGGAGUCUAGUACCAGAAUUUAUACAUUUGGGCCAACUUCGUCAUGGAGAAAAAUUGAUGAUAUCCCUGUAGCCCUAUUUGGUUUCCCAAGUGACAACCCUAGUUGGGCUGUUAAUAGGGAAGGGGAAUUUUUUGGUAGUAGCAGAUUAUGCACUCUUAAUUGGAGUAUUUAUGACGUGGUUCUUUAUUUUCACUUGAGUAAAGAGACUUAUGGUCAAUUUCCUCUGCCUGAUAGUGAAAUAGAUUUAGAUCAUCAUUAUUUUCCAAGGCCAUGCACUCACUUAUGUGUCUUGAGAAACUACCUUUCUGUUUGUUCUUACGAGCCGCAUAAGAGAACGUGGAUUGUGUGGCAGAUGAAGGAAUACGGAGAUGCUCAAUCUUGGACUAAAUUGGCAAUGAUUCCCAACCAUCCAAAAUUCACUAAUUAUUCAAAUUCAUGUCGUUGUUUACAACUUCUUUACAUCUCGAAAAGUGAUGUUCUUUUCGCUUUUUGUCCAUUUUUCGGCAUAGUUGUAUGUAACUUCAAUGAUGGGAGCAUAGAUUUUCCUAAGAUUGACAUCUCCGGCCUGAGGAACUAUCGUCCUUUUUCUCUAUGUGACCGGUAUAGGAUGGCUUGUAUCUACCAUGAAAGCUUAGUUUCACCAAAUGGUUUACAAAGCAACUCAUCCAAAAUGCUGAUGCGCUUCGUCAAAUCCAAACCCAAGCCUGUUGACUCUUAA